CUUUAUCAUAUUUCCAAAUUAUGCUAUAUUUUUUUCAAAGAUUUAGUUUCUAUUUAAUAUUUAUUGGUGGUUGUUUUAUUCAAUAAAAGUACACAUUCUUAUAUACAUUUUACAUUGUCAUUUUUUUUUUCCUAAACAAUCACGGUCAUGUCUUCUCCACCAUCCUCGCUCUCCCUGAAAAAUUAAAUAAUUUUUCCCUUCAAUAUUUAUUGUUUUCUAUUUAAUUUAUAACAUUGGCUAAACUGCGCUAGCUUAGUUGGUAAAUAACUAAUUUUAGUGUAUUAAGAUACACAACUUCAAGUCCUAUUGUGACAUUUUUUUUUAAUUAAAUAAAAUUUUGUGUUUACAACCAAUCACACAAAAUGAUAGAGAAACGAAAUAUCAAGUAUGAAAGCAUAACAGUGUUUAAUUUAUUUUAAGGAAAUAAUAUAUAAAUACGUGAAGAAUAGAAGAGUAUAUCUUAAGUAGUAUAUUACACUCUCUAUAAAUAGUAUAGUUUUCACUUGACCAAUGUAUAGUUUUUAGUUUUUACUGGUUCACGGUAUUUUAAUACUUUGUGGUCAUCUUUGAUUUUCAAUAAUGUAACCAUAGUAUAUUAUCAUUUGUAAAUGCUUAGGUUUGAUAAUAAGCACAAACCAAUUAGUUCAUAACAAUGAUACAACAAUAAAACAUACAAAAUCUUUAUUUUCUGUGCAGCCGCAUUUCUGUUCUACUUCGUCAAAUAUAAUAUAACAAUACCAAUAACACACUGCAACUGAGUGACAUGAUGUAAAGCUGAUGGAAUAAUGAAGGAGAAGAAUGAGGAGACGGAUGAGAAUAUAUGAUUUGCAAAAGAGCUGGUUCCGGAGUUGAUGGAGGUGGAAAAGAAACCACCACACAAGGUGGAGAAGAAGAAGUGACGAUGGGAUGAAGAGAAAUGGGUGGAGACGUCAGUGGAGAGAAGGUUGUGGUAAUGAUGAAACAACUAGUGACAAUGGUAGUCGCAGUGCUGAUUUUACACAUGGAAUAAUAGUAAACACAAUAUAUAUUGCAUUUCAUUUCUAUUCUAUAUGUAUACAAUUGUAAAGAACAUAAAAAUGUUCAUUUUCUCUGAUCGUUUUUACUAACUGACAGUGGCGUGUACGUGACAGAAGCAAAGAAGAAGGUGCAUCUCUCCAUGUCAAAUACAGAGGAUGUGGGAGGUGUGAGUCCUGGAAUGUGAACAAGAAAAGAGGAAUAAAGUUAGGGGUUUGUGCUUUCACGGUGGUGUAUAUGACUCUGUGAGUUUCUGAGACCAAGGGAAAACUCAUGAAGAACUUCCAGCCUCGUUCAGAUGAGAAAAGUUCAAAACAAUUUCAUUGUUUGUCUUCCCUCUGUUUUGGCUACAAACAAGAAGAAAUUGAGAAAUCUCAGAUAUUUUACAUAAACUUACGUUGUGAGAGUUGUGUGAAUAACUAAGGACCACAUUUUACUUUUUACGGAUACUGAAUAUUAAUUUUAAAACUGUUUUUUCUUUGCAGGUUGCACAAGUUUAAUACAAUGAUAUCAUUGUAUUAUUAAAUAAAAUACAUGGUAUAUGCUAUCAAUUUAUAUUAUUUAGAUAGAAAAAUGAAUUAUAAUUUUUUUUUGAGAUAUACAAUGUAAUUGCCCUAAAAUCUUCAACCCUUCUUCUUCCCCAUUCUCUUUGACAAACAUGAACUGGAGCUUGUCGCCACCCUCAGCUAGUUUUUUUCCAACAAAGGUGAUUCCGGCGAGACAGGGAGCUUUGGUAGAGAUUGAAGCACUUUCUUCUUCAGUCCUUUGUUUGCCGCUUCUACCUAUGGUGGAGGAGAUUGACUUGACCCGCCUUGUGAUCCAGAUGAUUAAUUGUUACCAAUGGUGAGAUGCUAGAGACAAACACAUCGAGGAUGAAGAUAAGUUUGGUUUAUUUUAGAUUUGUAAAGGGGUUUCAAGGACUUCGAUCGAGGUGGGCAAAAAAAGUUGAACCAGAUUGGUUCAUGUUAGUUUACUUCGAAUACCAUUUCCAUCAUGUUGUUUCUCUUUAUAAAAAAGCGAUUAAACGCUAUGAAUUCCAUCUCCAAUGGUUUUUCUUAAUAAGAUGAUCAUUACUCAUGUAGAUUUCAAUAGAAUUUUUUUUCACUUUUGGUAGGAAAUGCUGAUUAUAACAUUACAGAUUCUAGGUAUGGAAAAUGGUACACUGAUAUUUUCUUAUUGGCAAGUUUUUCCAACGACGGUGAUUUCGGUGAGAAUGCAUACAUAACAAGGUGCAGAGAAGAGAAAAUUCUCGACGAAGACGAUGAAACCAAAUCAAACGUGUGGUUAUGUUUUGAUUAGAGAAACCAGUUAAGAAACUCGGGAUGAUGAAAUUAGCCUUCGUUGUUUGAGAGUUUUGAAAAAUAAGGAUUUGAUGGAUAGUGGUUCUUGUUUGUAUAAGAAAAUUUAAAAGUUUUAUUUAAUGCAAAUAAAAAAUGUCACACUAAGUAUUCAAACUCUUGUAAGGUAUCACAACAAAAUUAGAUACUUACCAACUGAGUUCGUGCGACUAACUGAAUAUUAAGGAAAAGCGAAUAUUUAUAUAUGUAAAAUAUAUACUACUAUUAUUAUUAAAAGAUUUUAUGGGCUCAAUAAUUUAUUUACCUUUUAUUAUAUUAAAAUUUAAUUUUCCUUUUAUUUAUUUUUUCUUGAUCAAAGAGGAUAAGAACAUCUUUAUCAAAUAAUUCACAAGUUCUUCAACAAGUAACUCAAAAAAUUAUUCAACUAAUAUUUAUAUUUUAUUAAAUGUUGAUAAGGAUGCUCUGAGGCUAAGCCACUAUAUAAGAAGACUACCCCUCGUUGUAAAUCAUCUUUUUUUUUUUAAUCUUACAGACGUAAACCCAAACAGUUGUGCAAAACUUUUCUGAACUCUUCUCUAAAGGUAUAUUGUUUCUUCAAUCUUCAGAACCAUCUAUUGCUUGUUUUCUGCCUUUAAAUUAGAGAUUUUCUUGUUGGAUAAGAUUCAUUAGGAUCUGUGGGAACUUCUGUAUGAUUUAUGUGUGCUAAAGAGAGUUGCAUGUACUUUUUAGAUGGUGAUGCAAAUAUUUGUUAAGUACCUUACAGGUAAGAGCAUAACCCUUGUGGUCCAAAGCUCAGACACUUUUGACAACCAUGUUUUGAGAUCUACCAUAUAUACAUUUAACUGAUAAUUCAUAUUUGACAUGAUCCUAAAAAGCUUUUUUUUAAUGAAUUUUCAAAUUUAUUGAUCAAAGAGUUCAAGAGAAACAUUUACAAUGCUAAGUUCCUAUAAUGAAUGAAAACUACUUAUACUAACGAGAAGAUGUCAUAAUCGACCCCCUUAUCGUAAUUCUAAAAAGAGUUAUAUUUAUCCAAGAAAAACAUAAGAAUCAAAUAAACAAGUUAAUCUUGGGAAAUCAGUAAAAGCCUACUCGUGCCUACGAAAAGUCCACGGUCUAAACUAGUCUUGCAUCAUUUAUGAACGAAAAACACUAAACGUAAAAAAAAACAACUUUUUCAAAAAAAAAUGAACGAAAGAACUAUAAAUUAAAAGAAAUGUGAAUUUUCAAAAAAAAAUCAUUGAGCUCUAUGUUAAAUCACCUUAUCGUCACUCCAACGUAAUUAUAAAGGCGAUUUAUGAUGAAUAGAAGAUUAACAAAAAAGAUUAUAUGUGACUUAAGGAUUCGUCAACGUUAAUUAGUUCAAGUAGCAAUUAAAGUGAAGAAGGGUCAACGUCGUUCCACUAAACAAGUGUCCUAGUCCAAUGCAUGUUUCCUUGUGAAUCUUCGCAUGUUUUGAAUCAAUCGUCUCAUUUGUUUGGUUUCUCACUACCAUUCACUUUUAAAAUUAUAUUUUGUUAUAGCCACAAUUCAAACAUUUACGGCCGCACUUUACUUUUUACUCAUUGUGAACGAAUGUAAUAUAUUGGCGUGCUAAAAAUAAUGAAUGUUAGUCCAUUAUUAUUAUUUUUUUAUUUAUAUUGUUGAAUAAUACUGUUAAUCCAUUAUUAUUAUUAUUUAUAUUUAUAUUGUAGAAUAAUAUUUUAAAUAAGUGUGACUAAAUUGAUUGUAUAGAUUUAAAACAUAUCAGAUUUUAAAUGUUUUGGUCAUUUCAGAUUGAUUCAUUAUUCAUUUGAAUCCAAUUUCUUAAAUCUGCAUCAUUAUAUUUAUAAAUUCAACAUAGUGUCAUUUUAUUUUUACACUAGAGAAUUACACUCAGUAACACAUGAUUAGCAAAUCCAUCUGUCUGUUUUUCAAAUUUUAUGAAAAAUUCUUUAAUCUUUAAAUUUGAAUUUUUAUAAACUUUUAAUAAUAGUGUUUGUUGAUUUAUUAUUAAUAAUAUAUGAUUUGAAUAUCUUAGGGUAAAAGGUUGGAUUUUCUAUUAAUAUAAUUUACUCAUGAAACAAGAUUCAAAUUCAUUCUAACAAUUUUCAAAUCAAAUGAUUGAAAAAUCUAUUAAACAUGAAUAACACCAUAUUUUAGUUGUUGUAUUCAAAUCUUUCUUUUAAUUAAGAGACUGUAAAUCUAAAAACCAAUAACCCUAGAUUUCAAAAUCUUUUAAUUGAGAUAUUCUAAAUGUAAUAACCAAAUCACAUUAAAUUUUAAUAUAGAAGUUACAAUCAGUUAUCAAAUAACACUGGAUUAUAACUCUUAUAAAAUAAGUAUAAUUAAAUUUAAAUUCAUUAUUGAAUAACACCACCAAACAUCUCACAUUUCUGGCAGUUUGGCACAAUCUCUUUCCUAUAAAUAGUCGAAUUUUAAACCCCAAAGGAAGCAUCACAAUCAUUUAUCAAAUAAGUAACCAUUCAAAAGAAAAGCGAUGGCAGAUUCUCCUUUUCUAAACCUUGUUUUACUCUUUGUGACCGUGGCCUCCAUAUUUUCCACAUUUGCUGAGGCCAAUAGGGGAUUUGGAUGGGGUUGGGGUGGAGGCUCAAACUAUUCAAGCAGUUCAGGUUCAAGCCCUGGCUCAGGCUGGGGUUGGGGCUCUAGCCGGAACGGCUCGGGAUGGAUUUGGGGUGCGGGCACCAACCAUUCAAGUGGUUCAAGGUCAAUCCCCGGGUCAGAAUGGAGUUGGGGUUGGGGGAUGGGCUCCAACCAUUCAAGUGGUUCAGGUUCAAGCCCGUGGUCGGGAUGGGGUCCUAACAACGGACAAAACACAGGAUCCGGCGGCUCCGGCUCUGGUUGGGGUUGGGGUCCUAAAAACACAAACAACUCGGGAUCUGGCAGCUCCGGUUCUGGCUGGGGCUGGGGUUGGGGAAGUCACUCAAAAGGUUAUAACGCAACCUACAAUGCACCUAGAAAGUUCAUAGUCGGUGGAGACAAAGAGUGGACAUAUGGUUUCAAUUACUCCGACUGGGCUUCUAAGACUGCCCCCUUCUUUCUCAAUGACAUACUUGUGUUCAAAUACAACCCACCAGCACCGUUCACGCACAGCGUUUACUUGUUUUCUAACCCAUUGAGUUACGAAAAGUGCGAUGUGAAGAAAGGAAAGAUGAUCGCAUCACCGAAGCAAGGUGCUGGGAAUGGUUUUGAGCUUGUUCUUACAAAAAUGAAGCCUUACUACAUAUCGUGCGGCGAGCAUGACGGUGCUCACUGCAGCAAUGGAACCAUGAAGUUUACCGUUAUGCCUAUCCUCGCCCGUUGGUAAUUUGUUCGGUACUAAAAGCUAACUCCGACGUCAAAAGUAUCAGACAUUAGGUUUCAUUUUGUUGUUGUGUCGUCAAUAAAACAUAUUACCAAUUUACUAUUAUCCACAUUUUGUUGGGAUUUGUUUGUGGUUUUGCGUUGUCUUUUUAUUUAUGAGAUCACCCUUGUUUAUGUAUGCUACCAUAUUUUCAUGGUAAAAGUUAAUGGCAAGAUUUAGUAUUUUUCUUAAAAA